AUGGAAAGUAAUGCUGCCAACCGCUGCGGAAAUUGCGUGCGAAAUGAGAUCGAUUUGCAAGGGGAAAUCAAGCCCUCCCGUCCUUUGAUCCAAUGCAAGCAAUGCUUUCACUGGCAGGCCAAAUCGAAACAUUGGGUGGCGGCUGAACUUGAGUCCCGCGAACUACUGGCAUUGGUGCUCAAGUUUGUCCCGGGCCUUCACAAAGGUGGAAGUGGGCCGAGGGGUGGAGACGGACCUAUGGAGGUGGUGGAGGCAGGAUGGAUUUGGACGGAGCCGCACUCGAAACGGUUGAAGUUGAAGUUGACGGUUCGAAAAGAGGUACUGAACGGCGUGAUGGUGCAGCAAAGGGUGCAAGCCGAGUUUGUCUGCGACGCCUGCGCCCUGUCCUACACGGAGCAGGCCUGGAAGGCCGUGUGUCAGCUUCGACAGCGGGUUACCCACAAACGGACUUUUUUUUUCCUGGAACAGCUCCUUCUCGCCCGGAAGAUGGAGAGCAAGAUCUUGGACAUGGAGCUGACCCGCCACGGGAUGGACCUAUACUUUGGAGACAAGAAUACAGCCCUGCAAUUUUUGGCCUUCCUUCAAACCGCCGUCCCCAUGCGGAGUAAAACUACCCGGAAGUUGAUCGCCGAAGACCGGCAGAACAACGUCCACCGUUCCCAAUGGUCC